AGUGAAGUGUUAUGCUUUCAAAAUCACCCCAGACAUCACUGAUAUGCUGGCUACACUACAAAAUGUAGACCAUGCUUAGCCUCUAUGACACAUUCAGUGAGAUUUGAUCCAGUGCCAUUGUCCUCAAACAUCUUGGUAGCCUUGUAUUCCGUUAACACAACUAAAUCAAAGUUUCAACAAUUUCUUUGCUAUUAUAUUUUCUUGGCUCUCAACAUUCCUACGGCUGAUAUACAAUCUAUCAAUUCCUUUGUGUUUUUUAUUCUUUCCCUUCCUCUCACAAGCUCCACUUCUGAAACGUUUUAGCAAAUGUACUUGUGUCUUUAACAAUAUCUUAGCUCUGCUAUUAUAAUAACUUUCCCAGGCAGUCUCUAAUCCAAGUAUUGCCCCAGCCUGACAGUGUUACAACAUCAGAUGAGAUCAGGGUUAUUGAAAGUGGUCAUAAACAAAAAUUCAAAUGAAAUGCCAGAAAUGGGUAUUUUAAACCCCACAAUUUGUUUUAAAUAUAUCCCCCACUUCUUUAGUUCCCAGUGCAGUAUCUAUAUAAAACAGAUUAUUGUCAUCUUACAUAUAAAAAUACUUUUUCAAUUUGUGAUGAAAACUGUCUGGAUGGCUUAGACUCAAGGAGUAAAUUAAUGUCUAUCACUCUUGGGGUCAGUGGAUUGUCUCCCCAGCAAAAGUGAUUUGGGUAGUACUGCACUGCUUAAUAGUGGCGUUAUAGAAUAUACAAAGAAAAAAGAGAAAAAUAUGCGCAAAGUUGUUUAUUUCAUAACUUGUUGGUCUAGUAUAAUCAAGAGGAGAGUAAUAAUGUGUGUGGAAUGACUUCGGUAGAAUAACAGUGCAUAUAAGGAGAAUUAUUUGACAUUUUCCACAUCAUAACCUAUUUUGAUAAUCAUUACGUUGUAGCUUGCUGUCUAGUUUACAUUUGUUAUGAGAUUUUGUUUGUGUUUUAAAAUCUUUUUUAUUUUCGGGGGGAUUCCUCAAGUUCAAAUCAAUCAAAAAUGUUUUUAACUUUAACAAAAUGUAUCCUCAAAAUUCUUCAAAACAGUAGAAGAAAUAAUGCAGUGCAGCUUGACAAUGUGUUGCUCGGUUCUCUCUGAUGGGGUCAGAGGUGAACAACACCUGGAUGUGCUGGGUGUGGUAGCUGGGUGGUGCUGGGUGUGGUUGCUGGGUGCUGGGUGGUGGGUGUCCGAUCUGAUGGCUAUAAGAGUCGGUCCCUCCUCCUCUUCUGUCAGCAGUCUGUAGGGAGGAUGUCUCUGUUCAUGGACUCAGAUUUGUUUUCACUCAGGCAGAACCAGUGCAAAGACGUGAUGGAAUUUAAGACGAUAUUUGGAGAAUCUGAACAAUGUAAAGACGGCCGCAGUGAGAGCGCGCUGUCCUCCCCAGAGCCGGACCGAGCAGCGGGUCUGAUGGAGGGCCAGAGGAAGAGGAAGAGGACCAUCUUCAGCCGGGCCCAGCUCACCGAGCUGGAGCAGGCCUUUGCUGUGACUCCAUACCCGGACAUCACCCUACGGGAGAGGCUGGCUGCGCACACACACCUGCCCGAGAGCAAGAUACAGGUGUGGUUCCAAAACAGAAGAGCUAGAAGUAUCAAGACUGUGAGACUCCCAAAGUCCACCAAACCCUGCCUGGGAGGAAGAGGUGAUCCCCCCAGCUCCCCCUUCCUCGGCCCCUCUACCCUGGUGGACAUAUUCCGGCCCGAGGCAAGCCACUGUGAGGAGGCGCAGCAGAUUUACUCUGACUGGAUCCAGAUAUACAGUAAUCCUGUGUCAUCGCCGCCAUCUUGCUCCUCUCUCCACCAGCACCAACCCUGCAAACCUUCAGAGUCUCAUGUGUGGGAGGAGGAGCACCACCCUCGGCAGCACCUGGGACCAGCACUCCCCGCUUUCCUUCCUGGUUCUUUCCCAAAGCCCGUCAGCAGGCAGCCUCACACCACAGCCUCCACCCGCUCCUACCAGGCUUUCAGGAAUUUUAAACCCCAGACUAUUGUGCCAUCUUCUCACCAGGCCGUGUAUGGAGGCGGCGCCGCAGGUGGAGCCCACACCUCCGUAGAUCAGGUAGUCCCUUCCCACCCUCAGCCGGUGUACUGGGAGGUGACUCAGGGCCAAGGACACCACCACCCGCACCACAAUCACCACCCACAAAUGGGAGCGCAGACCUCCAUGGGCUACAUUUCAGACCUGAUCUACAAUGCUGCCAUCGUCACCAAUUUCCUGGAGUUCUGAUCUGUCAGGAACUAGUAGUUUCAGUGUUAUGUUGGGAACAUCUCAACCAGUCUGGAAAACAAGACAGAUAUUUAUUAUAUAUAUUAUUAGCAGCUAGCAAAAAAGCAAUAACCAGGAAAUGUUGAGCAGAGAAUCUCAAACAACUUCAGUGGAAAGCAAUAGUUCAGGAAAUUCAUAUGGAACAGAUUUUCUCUCUGAGAAAUGUUAAGAAAAAUGUGAAACGUACUGGAAAAACUGGAAAUGUUAUUUCAAACCCAACUGUAGUCCUUAUCACAUACUCUGUGUUUGAAAUGCUUGCUUUACUUGGCCCUGUACUGAGGUGGACCUUAAUCUAUGAAUAGAAGAUCACAUCACAGAGCCAAGAAAGGCCAAUCUUCAACAGAGAGGAUGCAAAAACUCUGAUGGUGUGAUGUAACCCUGCUCAUGUGUCUAAAUACUGUAUGUGUACUCGUAAAAGAAGUAUCUUAGGAGAUAUACGUGUGUGUACAAAUGUUGUGUGCGUAUGUAUGUAUUCUAUGUAUAUUAUUGUCUUUCUUUCUACAUGAUAGUAAGCAUUUCAUUUUACCCAUGAUUACCCUGUCUGCUGUCACACUGUUUGUCUGUUUGUUACAAAAAUGAAAAACAAUAAAAAUAGAAGGAAAUAGUA